UCCAGUAUUGGGAGCUGCAGACAGGAUGGGGAUCUCCAGGGGCUGGUUGGGGUGUGCAGUAUUGGGAGCUGCAGGCAGGAUGGUGGUCUCUAGGGGCUGGUUGGGGUGUGCAAUAUUGGGGGCUGCAGGCAGGAUGGGGUUCUCCAGGGGCUGGUUGGUGUGUGUAGUAUUGCUGUGGAGCUGUAGCUUAGUGUCUGGUACUGAGGAGUUUUUAGAAGAUGUGUCUGAUCUGCAUUGUGGUUCCAGUAAGAUGCGUCUCUCUCUGCCCUCUGUGCGCCUGGAUUUUGCUUCUGCCUUCACAGUACUGGAUUAUGCAGGAAAGCCUCACAGGCUCCAGAAUGACUCUACUUGUAGGCUCUGGGUGGGACAGAAACCAGAUGGCUCAAUGAUCAUUGGUGCUGCCUAUGACGGAUGCUAUGUAAGACAGGAGCAUGGAGAUUAUGUGAUGACUCUGAUCGCAGAACAAAUUUCCAACGGGGCAGUGGAAUACCAUAAAAGAGACAUCCGGUGCCCGUUCCUGCCAGCUAUGGAUGCUCCCAGCCCCGGUGACUGUGCUGCUGUCCAGAGUGGUGACCGCUUGCCAUGUGCCAAUACCUCUGUGACUAGGGCGGUCUGUGAAGGACUAGACUGCUGCUUCUCAACCAGUGACCCCUCCCUUCCCUGUUACUAUGGGAACAAAGUGACUGCACAGUGUACAGAUGACGGCCAGGUUCUGAUUGCUAUCUCUGCGGAUGUGACUACACCAUCCCUGCUCUUGGCUUCAGUUGGUGUUCUCAAUGUGGACUCUACUUCUUGUCCCAUGCUGAGCAUUUCAAAGACAUCAGCUUUCAUACUGUUCCAGUUCCCCCUCACUUGUGGAGGAGCCAGCCAGGUAUCAGAUAACACUAUAGUGUACGAGAACACAGUUUAUGCCACCAAGGACACAAGGACAUGGCAAAGAUCCUCCAUCACAAGAGACAGUACAUUUAGGCUGACUGUCCGCUGCAUCUACUCUCAUACUGGGGUUGUCCCACUGCAAGUUGAGGUGCUCACCCUGCCCCCACCACUUCCUGUGUCUACCUCAGGACCUUUGCUCCUGGAGCUGACGAUAGCAAAAGACAUACAGUAUACUUCAUACUACGUGCAGACGGACUACCCUCUCGUCAAAGUCCUCCGAGAUCCAGUCUACUUUGAGGUCAAAAUACUACAAAGAACAGACCCAAACUUGUUCCUGAUCUUAAAUGACUGCUGGGCCACUCCUUCUGCAGACCCUACCCAACAAGUCCAAUGGCCCAUUCUUAUGGAUGGAUGCUCUUUUACUGGGGACAACUACCUGACACAGCUGGUCCCACUUGGCUCGCCCACACAGAGGAUUCCAUUCCCAACACACUACCAACGCUUCAUCGUCAGCACCUUCACCUUUGUGGAUCAGAGUUCCCAGCUUGCUCUUGAAGGACUGGUAUACUUCCACUGCAGUGCUUCUGUUUGUGUCCCUUCUGCUGCGGAUUCCUGCAUAACAUCAUGUGGCAACAGGAAAAAGCGAGCAGUCAAGGAAUCGGAGCAAAAGGUCACAGUAAGCAAAGGUCCAGUUGACUUCAUUGAUGGUGACCUUCCCUCAAAUAGAAGGAUUUCCACUUCUGUUCAGGGUAUCUCUGACACUAACUCACCUCCUGUGAUGUGGCUAAGCGGAGCUGUUGCCGGGGGAGGCAUCUUGGUAAUGACUGUCACAGUACUAGGUGUCUGGUGGCAUCACAGGAGUCGGAGACCCACCAAGCCCACUGUAAACAUGUGAAUAAAGUGACAAUCCCAGACUGA